UAACUAACCACGAUUUUCAGCUCCUUAUGACGUCUCUUGGGCCUUGUUAAACACUAUAUAGAGUCGGCUCCUCUUCCAGCAUCCAUCACCAUCCCUACACCAACACAAUUCGGAUACCUACACUCGGAUACUUGCACUCGGAUACCUACACCCGGAUACCUACACUCCAACAUCUUGAAAUGACUUCUCUCCCGAAACGCACCCUCGGCCGCGAUGGUCCUGAAGUCACUGCCUUCGGUCUCGGCUGCAUGGGUCUCUCCGCCUUCUACGGCCCUAUCAAGCCGGACGAGGAGCGUUUCGCAUUCCUGGACCGUGCCCACGAGCUCGGCCUGACCUUUUGGGACUCGGCCGAUAUGUAUAUGGACAACGAGGAGCUGAUCGGAAAGUGGUUCACACGUACUGGGAAGCGUUCUGAUAUCUUCCUUGCGAGCAAGUUUGGCAUCAACCGCUUUCAGGAGGGAAGGUUCCUCCGCGGCGAUAGGGAGUAUGUCAAGGCGGCGUGCGACAGGAGUCUCAAGAAACUGCAGACGGACUGCAUCGAUCUUUACUACGCCCAUCGUGCCGACCCCGAAAUACCCAUCGAGGAGACCGUCAACGCGAUGCUCGAGCUCAAAGCCGAGGGCAAAAUCAAGUACUUGGGACUCUCCGAGUGCAGCGCUGAAACCCUCCGCCGGGCCUGCGCCGUUGCCCCCAUCGCUGCCUACCAGAUCGAGUACUCCCCUUUCUUCACGGACAUCGAGCGGCCGGACAUCGGUGUUCUGGAGGCCGCGCGGGAGCUGGGAGUCACUAUCAUUGCCUACUCGCCUCUGGGCCGUGGGCUACUAACCGGGAAAUACCGCAGCGCUGAUGAUUUCCCCGAGGGCGACUUCCGCCGUGACGUUCCUCGGUACAACGCUGAGAACUUCCCCAAGAAUUUCAAGAUCGUCGAGGAUAUCGAGAAGAUCGCGAAGAAAAAGGGGUGUACACCGGGACAAUUGACUCUGGCUUGGGUAUCGGCUCAGGGCAAGGACUUUAUCCCAAUCUUCGGAACUACAAGGAUUGAGAAUCUGGAGGAGAAUCUCGGAGGGCUGAAGGUCGUCCUAACGCCUGAGGAGAAUGCAGAGAUCCGAAAGGCGGUAGACUCCCUGGAAACUUUCGGCGCCAGAUAUCCAGAACAGAUGCUGGGCGCCUUGUUUGGAUCUUCUGCCCCGAAGAAAUAGGUUGCUACAUAGGAGUCCUGUAGUGAUUUAGAGUAUCGCGGCUACAUAAACGUCAACCAACCCAUCUUACUCCUUCAACUUUGGUGUUUUCUCGUGAACCGACGAGAAGUAGGGAACCUUUAAAUAUUAUCUCGUCCAUGGCCUUCGAUACAUUUGUGGAAUAUAGUCGGGCAACAGUAGAUAUGUGGCUGUGGCUGGCUCUGUGAGCAGUACUGUGCGGCCACUUAAUGAGCAAAAUGGAUCCUGAAGUAUGAUAUGUACGACUUCCUCAAAGCCGAAGAGUAAUCCAG